AUGGAUGAGCAGAUGACUGAGGAAGAAGAAGAGGAGGAGGAGAAGGGACAGAGAGAUACCCAGCCAGAAGAAGAAGAUAAGUUCAAAUCAACCAAGAUCCAGAUGGCAUGUUUUGGAUUUUUUGAAUUGAGCUGCUGGACCAGCGGGGUUCGGGUGGAGGAUUAUGAGUGCGCGCUGGUAGACGCGUUGGCGGUGCUGGGACGGGGGGAGUAUGGAUGGCGCGACGCGGAGAGCUACCCACCAAUAUUGUCACGGAUCAUCAAGGUGGCACGGUUAUGCCACACGGUGCUCAACGACCAGGUCAACUAUCCAACAUGUGGGGGUGGAAUGGACGUCCAUUCCAUUCAGGGCCGUAGUGGAUAUGAAAUACAACAUAUCCAAAUCAAAAGCGAUAAUUCCGCCGGGAAGGGGUUACAUUGUGGUGUCAAAGUCAAUGAGUUGAGUCGAACACGCUGGACCCAAACCCGUUGGACGUCAAACCCGUCCAAGGAGCCCAUUCACCCAUUGGACCCGAACCCGUUGGAUGAACCCAUCAACCUGUUGGAAGUCGAGCACGCUGGACGAUUAUAUCAGAAGCAGGCAGUUCAGAUGGCCGAGGAUGAGCAGGUGGAGCACCCUGCAGAUGCGCUGGAUGCCAUGCGUGAACGCUUCCUCCUCCCAGGAGUGGCUGCCCCCUUUGGCUGGGUGACCCGGCUGCGGACAUUCGGCAAGCGAGUGCAGAACACCACCACAAGUCUAGGGUAUGUCUGCUGGAGCGAUGACCAGCAGACUCUAAGCUAUAGAGAGCUGCAUCUAAGCAUAGCAGGGCUCCGGCGCUUCGUGCGCACGCAGGUGGAGCUUACACAGCACAAGCUUGAGCAGCUCUUUCUUGUUCAUGAAGAGGAAGCACGGGAGGUGGUAGUGCCACGCCUGGCACUGGCCCAGCUGGCGGACAGCCCUACAAACAAUCAUCGCGGCUGGAACUUCCUUCAAGCACCGCAGAACUGCAAGGCCCUUCCAACCACAGGGGAGCGAUGGCUGCUGGACCGAGUCCUCACAACAGACAGGCUCCGGGCAGAGUGGGUAGCUGUACGGCCAUCUGAUCAUCAGGUGGUCUGGGACACAGCAGUGGUAGAUGACUAUCUGCAGCAGGUGGAUGAAUUUCUUGAGCAGCUGCUUCUUGUGGUUCAUCUCACUGGGGGCCAGCGUGCGCGGGCCACAGAGCUGCUCAGCAUACGGCACAGUAACACAGUCUGCGGCCGCCACCGCAGCAUUUUUAUUGAACAUGGGCUGGUGAGCAUGGUGACAACCUAUCACAAAGGAUACAGCAUGACCAACUCCACAAAGAUCAUCCACCGCUAUCUGCCAGCAGAGACCAAGCUCAAUGUAAUCCCUUGGCGGCAUGCCGCCAUUGCCAUCUCGCGUAUGCACCUGUCCUGUGGAGGGUUCAAGCGGGAAUAUGGGGCAGAUGAUGCGGCAGUAGACCAGCAGGCAGGCCAUGGAUCCUGGGCUGCAGGUACAGUAUAUGCGCGGGGGCUGCAGGAGGCACCAGGCCACAUUGAGGCACGGCGUGUGCGGUACCAGGCUGUCAGCCGGGAGUGGCAUGAAUUCCUGGGGUUUAACCCAGGCCCAGGGGUGCGAAAGCGGGUUAGGAACAUGGAAAAGAGUGUUAGCAGAAAAGCUCAAAAACAGCAGCCAUCAUAUGUAACAGUAGAAAUAGAUGAUAACAUAGAGCUAUAA